UCGUCGCGUUGAAGAAACGCGGACAAUCGUGAUUAUUGAUACCGUAAUUACAGGGGUGUUAAUUGCACCCCUUCUUAUUGUUUCGCCACAACACCAAGUCCUGAUUGGUCAAGUGUUGUUAAUUAGGGCAAAUUUCUCAGCCUAUUUAACUGGAAAAGCAGAAGAACAUUUUCAUUCGUUCUAAAGUCAACACAACUGAAAACAGUGACUGUUCGACGCUUCCACUAACGUCUAACUCUCCUGUCGUAGUAUAUAUAUAGUAUACAGUAAUCACCGACCAGUCCAUACGGAGAUAUAUAUACUACACACGAAGUAACACUGUCAGCUGAAUCUCUACUUCACGAGAUAUUAUCAUUUAGCUUCCAUUAUGGCACCCAUCUUGCGCUCAUCCUCCAGAACUGCACAACAUGUAGCACCUGAGGUUACCACUGCUGAUCCACCUUUCUCAGCCCUUACUAGAGCCGGUGAAUCUCUCUUCAUGUGCAGCAAUAAAGAAGGUCACACCUGCUACCAUGCCUGCAGAGGUCAUGGACGAUACCCAUUAUGGAACGAUGAAGACUUGGAAGAUGAUGUUGAUGAGGAGGAACCAGAGCCAGAAAGAAAGAAGGAUGAAGAUGAUGUGUCUUCUUCAGAGUAUGAGUUCGAGUCAGAUGAAGAGUGGAUAUCGGAUGCAGAUCGUGAAGGCGAAGCACAGUUUUGGAGGGAGAUCCAGGAGUCUGUUGAACGCACACGUCAGGAACGGGACCGUCGCAUCCACUACAGUGCAACUGAUCUCCGCUUCCUUCCUGAGCCAGGUCGUGAGGGCAGCGCCAUGGAACAUGUGAGAGAAGGUCAAGGUCCUAUUGUUGGUGUUGUCCAUACCAAGCCUCCUCCUGAGUACGUGUGGUAUCUCUCCGAUGACAGCGAAUCAUGGAUGAGAGGAUCGCUUCCUGAGAGGCUUUCAGAGGAACCAGAUGGUCUCUACCACCGCUACAAGUACCAUGUCUGGGAUCGCAUCCCAGCUUCGGAAGUUCACGAGAGUGAGGAGAGUGAUGAGGACGAUGAUGAGUACGAAGACGAAGAAUGGGAGGAGGAGAUGGAUGAUGAUAGGAGAUCAUGGAGUGAUCUAGCUGACCAGCAGGAGCAGGAACAGAAUUCGUGAUGACAUUGAACAAUGAACAUUGACUUUUUAAAGCAAAUUCAAUCUGGAGAAAGAGACUCUGUCCAAGGACCAUGUUGUUUCCAGUUACAACAGCCAGUCUAGAUGAAAAUUGUUAACCAGUAUUUAUUGCAAUUGCUUGGAAACAAGCACAGUUUAUGAUUUUACAAUUUUUUAUUUCUUAUAGCACUUCAUUUAUUUCUAUUCACAUUUUAGUCUUAUGAUCAUCUCAUAUGCAUUCAUUCAGUUCAUUGGUUGUUUUGGUUGAUAAUUAUUCCAAGAAUGCAUUUUAUUAUAUUUAAAGCCUUCAAUUGCAGUAAUUGUGGUAAUUAUACCACCUGCUUGUAAGCGUUUUUAACAUUUUAAACCAAAUUUUUAAAGUGAAAAUUGCAUUAUUAUAUAUAUUAGAUGAGAUAUAUUUGGAGCAUUUUUUAUUGAAUUCAAGUUUUGCUUGAAGCAAAAUGAUUGAUUAUCUUGUACAAAUUCGAAAACUUUACCACAAAAUUGUUUAAAAUUAAAUCAAAUUUUGCUUGAAGCAAAUGUAAAUCUGAAUAAAUUUUACCAUGCAAUGAUUGCUAGUGGUAUAAAAACUUAUUUUUUUCUUAUAUAUUUUACCUAUACGGAUUGGAUUUCAUUGGACACUUGUUAUUGCAUUUGGAAGCUUGUAUAUCAUCAUCACUUUUGACAUAUUUUGACUGCAAUGUAUGCAUAGCAAAAUUGAUACUGUAUAUGAGUAAUGUAUAUGAAAUGUAACUUUGUAUUUCAUCUUACUGUAUAUUGAUAGUAACUUUGGAAAUUAAACUUUAAUAAUCAA